AUGGAGAAUACCGCCAAACGAACCGCGGGCGAGGCCGUGGCCCCCGCGCCAAAACGCGUCCAGGCCGACGUCCUGAAACAGGUCAAGGAGUCUGACGUGGGCAUCACCCAGUAUAUCAACGAGGGCUACAAGCACGGCGGCGGCUUCUACGGUACCAUCAAGCAGCGCUACUCGGACUUCCAGGUCUUUGAGAUCGACUUGGCCGGCAACGUCGUGCACCUCACCGACUUGGGCGUUGACUUGGGCGCGCUGAAGAAAGACCGGCGCGUCGAGAAAAGACAGGAGGACCGAGCCGAGCUCCAGAACCUCAGCGGCGCCGAGUUGGAAAAGGCCAAGGCCGAGAGGCAGCUCAAAAAAGACGCCGAGAGGCAGCUCACAAAAGACGCCGACGCCCUGCAGGACGCCGACGCCCAGCAGGACAACGACGCCGCCCCCAAGUACACGCUCUCGGAGGAGGACCACGGCCGGCUUUUGGAGCACGUGUCCGCGGCGGAGCUCCAGCAGAUCGAGGCGCUCUUCGGCAACGGCGGCAACAUGGAAACGGCGUCCGUCUUUGGUGACAAGGCGCGGCGCACGCAGUUGCACCAGUUGUUGCGGGUGGCGUUCCAGGGCAAGUUGGAGACCAUCACGUCGCCGCAGAACACGAUCCGCAUCGCGCUCGCCAAGAAGGGCGCGCCCACGCGGCGGGCCAACAACAACCACGUGGACGCGGAUGGCGUGGUCAACUACGGCUUGGGUCCCCACAAGCCGUACUUGCACUUCACCGUGUACAAGGAGAACCGCGAGACCAUGGAGGUGGCGUCGCUCAUCACCAAGUUCUUGCGCGUGCCCAACAAGAGCGUCAAGUACUCCGGCACCAAGGACCGGCGCGGCGUGACGUGCCAGCGGUUCAGCGUCCACAACGGCAAGGUGGCGCGGGUGUGUGCGCUCAACAACGGCUUGCGCGGCUCCGUGUUGGGCAGCUUCCGCUACGAGAACUCGCCGUUGGACUUGGGCGAUCUCCAGGGCAACGAGUUCGUCAUCGCCAUCAAGAACGUGCGGCCGCGCGACGCGGGCGCGGACCUCGCCGGCUUGGUGCGGGCGCUGUUCGACUCGCUCCGCCUCCGCGGCUUCAUCAACUACUACGGCUUGCAGCGCUUCGGCACGUUCUCCAUCUCCACGCACGUGUUGGGCAUCCACCUCCUCAAGGACGACUGGCGCGGCGCGGCGGAGCUCAUUUUGGCGGAGCAGGACCGCGUGGUGCCGGACUCUGUGGACGCCCGCCGCGUGUGGGCCGCCACCGGCGACGCGGCGCAGGCGGCCCGCUUGAUCCCGCGCCGGUGCACGGCGGAGCUGGCCAUCCUCAACCUCUUGGCCAAGGAGCUGCGGGGCGCCACGGGCUACUCGCCGAACCUGUACUUUCGGGCGCUCAUGCAGAUCCCCCGCAACUUGCGGCUCAUCUACGUGCACGCGUACCAGUCGUACGUGUGGAACCUCGUGGCGUCCAAGCGCAUCGAGCUCUUCGGGCUCCAGGUGCAGGCCGGCGACUUGGUCAUGGCCGAGGCCGGGGCCCUGGACGGCGCCGUGGCCCCGGAGAUGGUCGACGGCGUGCCGUUUGCCGAGGACGUGGCCGGCUGCCUGGCGCCCAAGGCCCGUGCGCUCACGCCGGAGGACGUGGCCUCGGGCCGGUACUCCAUCUACGACGUGGUGCUCCCGUCGCCCGGCUACGACGUCGUGUACCCCGCCAACCCGCAGCUCAUGGCCGUGUACGAGGCCGCCAUGGCCAAGGACGGGCUCGACCCGCACAAGAUGGCGCGCCGCGUCAAGGAGUUCUCGCUCGCGGGCUCCUACCGCCCGCUCAUGGGCCGUGCGCACGACGUGUCCUUCGACAUCGUCCGGUACCACGAUGACACGGACGCGUUGGUGCGCACGGACCUCGAGAUCUUGACUGCGGCAAAGGCCGGCCAGACACUUGCCAGGGUGGCGGGCUGCGCCGGGCCGGACGCGCCAAGAACGGCGGUGGUCUUGCGCAUGCGCUUAGGCGUCAGCUGCUACGCGACCAUGGCGCUCCGCGAGUUCAUGAAGACCGACACCGCGGGCUUGUAG